AAAACAUAGUUAAUAGAUCGUUAAAUGAACUUGUGUGUUACCCGUGCUUGUAAUCGUGCUAGUAUUUGUAAUCGUGUUCGCAUUAUCGUAGUCUGUGAAUCGUGACCAGUCUGUACUGUGUUAUUGUGUGUAUCAGUCGUGUUUUAUUGAAAUAAAGCCUUGUUUCUAAGGUUAUGAAUUGACUUAGUAUAUUACAAUUUAUUUCAAUACAACCAUUCUUAAAUGGACAAGUUUUUGCGUCCCAAUAGACUGGAUGCUGAUCCUAGUUCAACUAAUGCUUCAGUUACAUGGAAACAUUGGAUUUCUUGUAUUGACAGAUUUGCAACGAAGAUCGAUUAAAACCAAAAAUGUCAGAAGCUAAUGACUCUCAAGCCUCAUCAGUUUCGGGAGCCUCUAAUAUUCAAUCCUCAUCUAUUCCAGAAGUGAAAUCUUCAACACAAAAAUUAUCAGAGAAAAUCCACGAUGCAGUAGCCAAAUGUCAGAAGAAAGACCAACACAAUAAAAUGAAAUUGUUAAGUGAAUUUACUGUUGAGGAUUUGGAGUCAGCUAUGAAAUCUCAAACUAUAGAUGGACAUGAUCAGGCAUCAGUCUCAGAAUAUGACGAUGAUUAUCUAGAGGAACUGUUAAAUUUUAUCCAAAUAUUAGGCAAAUUAACAGCAAUAAUUGUCACUACUAAAGAAAAAAAUGAUGACCACCUCGGAACCGGAUUUCUGCAGAGAAUUCAAAUAAAGAACAAUUCUGACGGAUCACAGACCGCUGUUCUGAUGUUUACAACUGCCUAUCAUGUGUUUAGUGUAAAGGAAACUAUUAAGGACGAAGAAAAGUAUAAACUUGCGCGAGACUGGAAAUCACUUAAAGUAAGAGCCAGGCUUUUUUAUGACCAACCAGGUGAUAUUUGUGAUGAAAAAAAGUGUCUCAAAUUACAAAACUUUCGCUUGCUUGAGACAGACAAGGAGAUAGAUGUUGACAAUGACUGGUGUGCCAUUGAAUGUGAAAUCAAAGACACAGAACUUUUACCCCGGGUGAUGGAAUUAAAAACCAAUCUCCAAGCCUACCAAAAAAGGCAAAAAAGACUAUACGAAAUGUCGAAGAGACCUGAAUAUCAAAAAGUAAAUCUUGUUGUCAUAGUUGGCCAUCCACAUGGUCAGCCUAAAAUGGUUAGCAUUGGUCGGCAUUAUGAGACAUCCAAUGCAAUCGCCAAAGAAGUCAGAAGUGGACAACGCUGGUGCAGGUACUAUUACGACGCACCCACCUGCCACGCAAGCAGUGGUUCCCCAGUGUUUAUAUUUGGUCAACCCAUAACUGGGUUUGGUUACUGGUUCGGACACUCGCACAAUCACAAAAAGAAAGUCUCAAAAAAUGAUGACGUAUGGAAGGAAGUCAGUGAAACGAACGACAAUCUGAAAUACUUAUCGCAGAGCACAAUAGGGGUAGAACAUAUAGACAAAUAGUCGCAAUUAUAGACGUGCACCUCAUCAAUUAUUCCGAAGUUUUUAUAACGAAACAAGGAAAAAAAAUAUUUUAAAAAAACUUAUAUGAAGUGUAAUUAUAUCAAUUAGUUUGGGUCAGUCUUGUCAUUUGUAACAGUUCUAUUACAAAUAUUUUUACCAAUUGUUUUUGUUUAGUGCUAUUUCAUCUCUCAAUACGAUGUGAUCCUGUCACUUAUCGGGCCGAUUGGGGAAAAUAGUGAAGGGGGGGGAGAAAAGAAAGAUGGUAUCUGGGUGGAUUUUACCGUAAUUGGAUUUUAAAAGCAUUUACAAAAACAGCGGGGAACGAUCUGAAUUCUAACUCCUCGGGCCGACGUGCUAACCACUCUGCUAGUGAGAUACUAUGACUAGAGAAGAAUUGUAUUGUUAUAUAUAGCUUCAAUUUUGAGAGGCGACCUAUAAAGGGGACUAAUCGACAUCCUUUGUCUAUAAUAAUUGGUCUCGGACUAAUUCAGCGUAUGCCUCUACUUCAGCCAAGUACAAUUUCUUUCCCCUUGUUCGAGAUACCAAACAAAAUAAUUAAUUAAAAAUAGUUAAUUAACUAACUGGUUAAUUUUUAUUUUAUUCUUGUGUAGUCAGGUAAAAGAAAUAAUUGUGCAAAUUUUCAGCUUGAUCCGAGAUUGGGUGUCUUAUCUUAUCUUAUAUAAUACAGACGUUACUUCAAAAAAGAAGAUGAUUGCGUCCUACGCGUCAUGCAUUUAGUCAUGCAUAUUAACCAGUCGGAGAAAUAACAUGUACACAGAUUUUACCUGACAGACAAAGUGAGCUGAUAUAAGCUUUGUAAAAAAUGUGCUAAAGAUAUUUUGAAAGGAAAGGUAAAUAUUAGCAAAUGUAUUCGUAGGUCGAAUUCAUAUAUUAAAUAUUUUCACAAUUAAUAACUUCAUGGAAUCGUGUGGGUUCAAAAACUCAAAAAACCUGGAUAUGACUCUAGAAAACACCUCUAACGAUUUUCAUAGAUAUUUGUCAGUCGAUGUUGGCCACUUUGGGAAAACUCUAGUUUGGCUGUUAUAAUUUUUCAAAGUAAAAAAAAAAAAACAUCAAUUUAAAUUUGGCUUGCGAAUGAAAAAAUAUUUAUUUGGAAUUAAACAUACGGUCCAUUUUUGGUAUUUUAUAAAGUCUAAUAGGUCCGUACAUUCCAGGAUUCUUUCUCGGUUGAGGUUGAGUCUGGCGGGUUAAAAAAAUGUUCCAUUAUUUUAUCUAACAUUUGUUAGUGAAUAAGAGAAAAAUAAUCGCUCUAUAAGCUGUAUAAAGAAGGUGUGGUCUUUAAAGAAAAUGUUUUUAUUUGUUUUUCUUGUUAUUAUUCCUCUUAUCAGCUUAUAAACUUUUCAUGGAAUGUGGAAAUCGCGUAGAACUGGUAGGGUAUUUCGAAAACGGCUGUAACGAUUUUCCUAUAAAAUUGUAAAAAAAAAUGUUUGUUUUAUAUGUUUCGAAUGUUUCUUCAAAGCUGAAGGUAAUGUACUUCCUAGUCCAAACUUCCUGCUGGACGACGGGGGGUGGCAGCGGUAGGGUUUGAACUCGAGAGUCCAGCUCUCAUACCGCUAGUCCAGGUUUUUAGAAGAUUAUAAAAUAUUGUCAGAUGACGUAGCUCUAAACUUAUCCUAGACAUAGCAGUAGUAUAACAAAUUAAGAGUCAUCCAAAGAAUGCCUUCUUGCAGUGGUUCUCAAACUGUGGUACGCGAACCUCCCCCCUCCCUCAGAGGUCCGCGAGAAAACCGUAGCGGAUCCGCAGAAAAGUGAAAAUUGUACACAAUUAAAAUAACUUCUUCGCU